AUGGCAGAGACUUCAAAGGAGGCAGCUUCCUCGCCGAAGGCGCCCGUUGUAUCGUCUCCUCCAGCGGAGGAACCGCAUGCACCGACGGAGCAGACCCCUGCUGAGCAAAACACCGCAGAGAACCCCGCCGAGCCUGCUGAAGAUUUCCAUAACCCUGAUCAUUGGGCUACCUUGAAUGAGGGCGAUGCGCCAGGAGACGAUGAUGCUGAUUCGGCGGUCGGAGAUGAUGUUGCUAGUUCGACUGAGUCGAUUUCUUCGAGCAUUCUUCAUUACCGCACCAUUCACGGGAGGACGUAUCACUCUGAGCGCGGAAAUGCCGAGUAUUGGACACCGAACGAUGAGCACCAUAACGAGUCUAUGGAUAUUAAUCACCAUCUGCUGUCUCUUUCGCUGGAAGGGAAGCUCCAUCUAGCUCCUCUAAAGGACGACAUUCAGAAAGUCUUGGACAUCGGAACCGGAACUGGUAUUUGGGCUAUCGAUUUCGCCGAUGAAUAUCCCAACGCCGAAGUAGUCGGAACGGAUAUCUCCCCCAUCCAGCCUGACUGGGUCCCACCCAAUCUGAAGUUCGAAAUCGAAGACUGUACGCAAGAGUGGACUUAUGACCCCAACUCAUUCGAUUACGUGCACAUGCGCUAUAUGUACGGAAGUAUCAGCGACUGGUCCGCCCUGUUAAAAGAGGCAUUCCGCGUCUGCAAGCCUGGCGGUUGGGUCGAGAGCUACGAAGCCUCCCCUAGAAUGGAAAGUGACGAUGGCACUGUAACCGAAACCUGUGCUAUCAACGAAUGGGGCAAGUUCUUUAUCGAAGGCGGGAAAAAGCUGAACCGCACUUUUGAGAUCAUCGAUAAAGAUCUGCAGCAGAAGGGGAUGGAGGAAGCAGGCUUCGUUGACGUGAAAGUUUGGGACUUCAAGGCACCUAUUGGAGGAUGGCCCCAGGACCCUCGGCUCAAGCAAAUCGGACAGUUUGCUCAGGCCGCGCUUGAACAGGACUACGAGGGUUAUGUGCUGUAUAUGGCUAACAUGGUUCUUGGCUGGACUAAGGAAGAGGUUUCUGUGUACUGCGCUCGAUUGCGACGCGAGAUUCGAUCUGGAAAGUUCCAUCCUUUCUAUCGCCAGCGGGUUGUUUACGCAAGGAAGCCUGAAUAG